AUGACUUGCUCGGGCUGCGAAAUCAGCUUGUCCAGAGCGCUUGCAGCGUUCCCAGAGGUUCGCAAUCUCCAAGUCAGUCUAGUCCUUGCUCGAGCAGCUUUCGACCUUGAUACAAGCCGUAUGUCUUUCGAUGAUGUCCUGGCAUACCUCUCAAGAGCAACCAAGUUUACCUGUGAAAGGUUAUCUUCGAAAGGUCGGAAAAUCGAAGUCAUUCAUCCGCAUGGUGCAGAAGCGCUGAUCCACCAAGUCAAGGCCCCUGGGAUUCUAACCAUGAAGAAAUGUACCGAGCAGGUUGUGGAGAUAGAGUAUGACCCGGAGCUUCUAGGAGCCAGGGAUUUGCUCCAAAACUCCUUCGACAUUCCUUUGCAGCUGGUACCAACAAAGCCACCGGAGUCAAUUGAAGCGGGUGACAAACAAGUCCGGAAAGAGGGCAUCAUCACUUUUGUCUCCGCUAUUCUGACUAUUCCUGUACUGGUUCUUGCUUGGGCACCAGUUCCAGAGCACCCCAUCGUCUAUGGAUCUGUGUCCCUGGCAUUAGCGACCUUGGUACAAGUGGGCGUGGCCGGUCCAUUCUACCACGUCGCUUUCAAGAAUCUGGUGUUCUCCAGAUUGAUGGAAGUCGAUCUGUUAAUAGUCCUCAGUACCAGUGCAGCCUACGUUUUCUCUGUUGUGGCAUUCGCCUAUCAGCUGGAAGAGAAGCCGCUGCAAACCGGAGAGUUUUUCGAGACCAGUACUCUGAUCGUCACUCUUAUCAUGCUUGGACGAUUCAUCAGUGCUUGGGCGCGCCAACGCGCAGCUCAAACCAUCUCUUUCCGUACUCUCCAGGCACCCACAGCUGUUGUGGUCAACGAAGAGUUCAACUCGGAAACUGAGAUUGACGCCCGUCUUCUCCAAUAUGGCGAUAUCUUCAAGGUCAGCCCUGAGUCGCAGAUUGUCACUGACGGUACAGUGGUACGAGGUGCUUCCGAUGUCGACGAGUCCAUGGUAACCGGUGAAUCUCGGCCUGUGGCUAAAGAAGUAGGCUCUCCUGUCAUUGCAGGCUCCCUCAAUGGUUGUGGCGUACUGUAUGUCCGUCUCAGUCGUCUUCCUGGUGAUAACACGAUCAGCGCUAUCGCCGACAUGGUGGAUGAGGCGAAGAUGAAGAAGGGCAGGUCACAGGAACUUGCCGACCGCGUUGCCGGCUAUUUCAUCCCGGUGGUCAUGUGUAUCACCAUCAUCACUUUUGUUGGGUGGAUGGGGUACGGUGUUGGGAGACAAGGACAUUCUGCUUCGAAAGCGGCCGAGAACGCAGUCACCUAUGCUAUCGCGGUGCUUAUCGUCUCAUGUCCUUGUGCUAUCGGUCUCUGUGUGCCGAUGGUCAUUGUUAUCGCCAGUGGCGUUGCUGCGAGACAUGGUGUCAUCUUCAGAAAGGGCCAGACCAUUGAGAUUGCCAGGAAGACAACUCAUGUUGUCUUUGAUAAGACCGGGACUCUCACGGAAGGAAAACUGACUGUCGUUCAGGAAAUGUACCCACAGGCCGGAGAAGAGUCCAUUACGCCACUGAUUCUAGGGUUGGUCAAAAACAGCAAGCACCCUGUGUCCGCCGCAGUCGCCCAACACUUGGCCAAGCAGGGUAUCGUCCCGGCGCAGAUGAACGAGGUCAAAACUGUGGCUGGCCAAGGGUUGCAAGGCGUCUAUCAAGGCAGCAGCGUAUCUGCCGGAAAUUGCCGAUGGCUUCGAUCGCAAGAUCAUGCCACUGUCAAAGCCUUUGCAUCAAUGGAACUCACAGUAUUUUGCGUGACGGUCGACCAGAGUCUCUGCGCAGUCUUCGGCUUGGAGGAUGCUAUCCGUCCCGACAGUCGAAGCGUCGUUUCCGAGCUCCAGAAUCGUAACAUCAGUGUUUCAGUUGUUAGCGGCGACGAUGACGGCCCUGUACAAAGGCUCGCUUCAAGAUUAGGCAUCCAACCAUCUCAUGUCAGAUCUCAGUGUUCUCCCAGAGAGAAGAUGGGAUACCUGGAACAUAUAAUGAGCGACAAGAGAGCAGUGGUGGUGUUCUGUGGUGACGGUACAAACGAUGCCCCUGCCUUGGCUCAAGCCAAUAUUGGGAUUCAUGUCAACGAUGGCAGCGAGGUUGCAAAGAGCGUUUCAGAUGUGGUUCUUGUGAGGCCUGCUUUGGGUGGUAUUCUGUGCUUGAUUGAUCUCUCCAAGGCAGCCGUCACGAGGAUCAUGCUCAAUUUCUGCUGGUCUUUCAUUUACAACCUUGUCGCCAUUCUGCUCGCGGCAGGGCUGUUCGUCAAGUGGAAGAUCCCACCGCAGUAUGCUGCACUGGGUGAGGUGGUUAGCGUACUGCCAGUCAUUGGAAUUGCUCUUCAUCUGAGGUACAUCAAGCUCGCGUGGGUGCCGGGAAAUGAACAGAGGCGACAGGAGAAGGGAACAAGGCUGAAUCAGGUGACAAGGCUGACCCUCAAUUAG